GUGGAAGUGGCUCUUACAGAUUUGUUCUUUCGUUUGUAGUAGUCAGGUUGCUGCGUGAAGUUAACGAUCGUCGGGCGUGACGGGCGGGGCAAGGUGGCGUGACGUGUAGAGUUCCUUGUGCUUGAACAUGUUGCACCAGCAGCUGCUCUGACACCUGCCUGCACCGGGAAGACGACUCACGUUACAGCGGUCGUACAGCGGUCGCACUGCGGUCGUCCAGGAGGUAACAGCCAACUAGCCUCUCGACGGGAGAUCAGUAAUCAAGCAGCAAGUUGCCGUCACAGCUACAAGACACGAUGGCGGAGCCUGCGAGAAGACAGCACAUUUUGUACCAGGUGAUGGCCGCUACAGCCGUGGGUGUAGCGACUCUCGUGGCCUCCUUAGCCAUGGGAUAUACAUCGCCUGCACUUCCCUCCAUGCGAACCGAUCCACAGUUCACCAUCACCGAGGAAGAGGAAUCGUGGGUCGGAGCUGUGAUGCCUGCGUGUGCCUUGCUGGGGAGCAUGGUGACAGGGACAAUAGUGGACUCGCUCGGUCGACGCACCACACUUAUCGUCCUCAGUCUUCCUUUCAUGUUGUCCUGGGUGAUGAUCGCUCUGGCGUCCGGCGUCGGGGGCGUGGUCCUAGGAAGGAUGGUGGGCGGGGUGUGCGUGGGCGUGCAGGCGGUGGCUGGCUCGGUCUUCAUGCCUGAGGUGAUCCAACUUGACCUCCGGGAUGUUAUGGCCUUCUUCCCCGCAGUUCUGGGGAACCUGGGGCUGCUGGUGAGUUUCGCGGCGGGGCAGUACCUGUCAUGGCGCGGUCUGGCAUGGUUGGGAGCCGCCCUCUGCGUCCCUAUGGCGUUUCUUCUGCUUCCUCUGCCGGAGACGCCCCAUCAUCUCACCAGGAAAGGCCGCAAGGAGGAGUCCCUGGCGGCCCUCAGGAAGCUCCGGUGCACUGCCGAGCAGGCCGAGAAGGAGCAGGAGGAGAUCUCCGCCAGCUGCUCCGGCCGGGACGAAGGGCAGUCUAUGAGCGCGUGGGACAUCGUCCGGCCGCCCAACCAGUGGCCGGUAGGCGUGGCUGCCGCCCUCAUGCUCACGCAGCAAGCCACUGGCAUCAACGCCGUCGUCUUCUACGCGUCGACCAUUCUGGAGACGGGCGGGAGCGGCAUGGGGGGCGGGUCGGCCUCAGUGCUCCUGGGCGUGGUCAACUUCCUGGGCACCUUCGUGGGCAUGUUCGCCAUGGCGACGUACAAGCGCCGCUCCCUGAUCGCCGCGUCCACCGUCGUGCUGGUCAUUUCGCUGCUGACGCUGUCGUUCUUCUUCUGGGCGCAGGAGGCGGGCGGGAGCUACUCGGAGCUGGCGGAGGGCCUGGGCAUGCUGCCCGUGGUGGCCCUCCUCGCGUACAUGGUUGGCUUCGCCGUCGGGUGGGGCCCGGUGCCCUGGAUCUUCCUGGGCGAGGGCAUGCCCAGCAGCGUGCGCGGCGUCGCAGUCGCUGUCGUGGUGGCCAUCAACUGGGCCUCCGCCUUCCUGGUGACCAAGACGUUCGCGUGGAGCGUGGCCACCCUCGGCACGCACACCACGUUCCUCGCCUACGCGGCCGUGACGGGCGUGAGCGCUGUGCUGAUCCACGGCGCGAUGCCCGAGACCUUCGGCAAGUCCAUGCUGGAGAUGGACCGCUUCUACGUCGAGGCCCACAAGAAGAAGGAGGAGUAACGCGCGCCCUCGUAGUCGUAAUGCUGAUGCUUGUUCAUGCUAAUCUAAUAAAGUUAUAUUUGUAUCAAAGUUAUACAAAGUUAUACAUUCCUUGUGUAUUUUAUAGAUGUAAAUGUUGAUUUAUAAAUAUAAAGUUUUCAUUGUAA